GCAGGGAGUCUCUGGGUCGGUUGGAUGCUACGGGUCAUCGACUGCGACCCGGUCAGUCUUCAAGAAGCAGCGGCGGAGUGAGGUGUGUCGCUCCCGUGUAGAGUCAAGAUGGGAAUAAUCUCACUACCAUUAGUUGGGUUAGUGUCAUUGGUUUGUCUUGUCAUCAAGGCCAUAAUACACUUUACAACCAAAACCUCAGCACCCAACCCAUUUAAUGAAAACUCUUGCAAAGAAGUGAAGGCCAAGAUCACGGAUCAUAAGCAACGAGAUGCUGUCCUUAAACAGGGUUUCAGUCCAGAUAAAGUUCCUGAGAAUUUGGAUGCAAUUGUGAUAGGAAGUGGUAUCGGGGGCCUGUCUGUAGCUGCACUCCUGGCAAAGUCUGGCAAGAAAGUUUUAGUUCUUGAGCAACAUGAUCAGGCUGGUGGUUGCUGCCACACAUUUAUAGAGAAAGGUUACGAGUUUGAUGUAGGCAUUCAUUACAUUGGAGAGCUGACUUCCCAAACACUGAUGAAGACGUACAUUGAUCAAAUCACAAAUGGCCAACUAGAAUGGGCAACAAUGAGUGAUGACUAUGAUGUGGUGAUGUUUGCCGAGAAAGGUCAGGAGCCACGCAAAUAUCCAGUGGUCAGUGGGGAUGGCAAAUGGAAGGAAUAUCUGAAGAAAACAUUCCCAGCAGAAGCAAAAAAUAUUGACAAAUUCUUCAAGCUCGUGGAAGAUGUUCAGCCUAGUAGCUCAUAUGCAGUAAUGGUGAAGUUUAUCCCGCUGUGGGCUGUGUGGCUGUUAAAAGUUACAGGAUUUUUCAAGUAUUUCACUAAUUUCUACGAAUGGAAUGGCAAGACAUGCAAGGAAGUUGUAUGGGGACUGACGGACAAUCAGGAAUUGCGAGAUAUCUUCUGCUAUUCUUUUGGUGAUUACGGUACACCCCCCAGCAUGUCUGGAUUCCCAAUGCAGACAUUGCUCUUCUCACAUUUUUCACAAGGUAGCUCAUACCCUGUUGGAGGAGCAUCAGAAAUUGCUUUUAAUAUUAUUCCAGUGAUUGAGGCUGCAGGUGGCAAGGUUCUUGUCCGUGCUGAGGUAACCCAGAUUAUUAUUGAUGGAAAAGGUCGAGCAUGUGGAGUUGAAGUAAAGAAAGGAACAGAGCCAGUGAAUGUUGCAGCUCCUCUGAUCAUCUCUGAUGCAGGAGUAUACAACACAUUUGAGCGACUCCUCCCAUUGGAUAUUGCAUCGUCCUCCCGUCUCUGGCCACUAAUACAGACGUCAAAGCACGGUUGUGGUUACAUGUCUGUAUUUGUAGGACUCAAUUGUGAUGCAGAGGAACUUGAUAUUUUCCACAAGAAAAAUGCCUGGGUUUUUACUGGGAAUGACAUUGACAAGUUGACUGUGGAUUACUUGAAUCUAAGCCGAGAAGAAGGUCUUGAUGCUGAUAUUCCUCUUCUGUUCAUCUCCUUCCCAUCUACCAAAGAUCCUGAAUGGAAAAAGAAAUACCCUGGCAAGACAACUAUGGCUUUAGUUACAUUGAUGCCGUAUCACUGGCUGGAAGAGUGGGAAAAUGAACGUGUUAUGAAACGUGGCGAUGAAUAUGAUUCUUUGAAGAAAAUAUUUGGCCACAAAGCUGUUGAACAAGCAUCUAAUAUAUUUCCAUCAAUCAAGGAUCACAUUGAUUAUAUAAACAUUGGCACCCCAUUGUCCAACCGUUACUAUCUUGGAACACCACGUGGCGAGAUCUAUGGCUUGGACCACACUUCAGAAAGGUUCUCCAUUUGGAAUAAUGCAAUUCUUAGACCUCAAACUGAUGUUCCAGGAGUUUACUUAACAGGACAAGAUAUCUGUUCUUGUGGGUUUGCAGGAGCUCUCUGGGGAGGCCUUCUUUGUGCUACUUCCAUCUUGCAGCGCAAUGUGAGGAGUGAUCUAGAGCGGCUCCACCACACUGUACACAGUAUAGCUAAAACAAAGGCUAAGACUGAAUGAAAAUGUUUAGUUUUAUUACAGAAUUACUACAGUAAUGAGAAAUAGCUAGAGUUAGGAAAUAUAUCUUUACCCUUAGGUGGCCACUAAUGUUUAUAAGCAUUUUGCAGUAGUACUAGUGUGACAUUGCUAAUCAUGUUUAUAAAGGGUGAAGUAGUGUCAAUAAAUAAGAUUGAAUUCUUGUAACCAAUAAUUACAGAUGUUGAAUGUGUAUUAAACUAAAAAGCAGUAAAUACAGGAAGUCUUGUAUCUAAUUGAUUAAAUCAGUGUAAUUUGACUUGACAGUCAAAGGGAUAAUGAUUACUUAAGAAAUUAUAGUAAUAUUUUGCCAAACUGAAACUACUCAGUAGUAUGCAUUAGCUGUGAAUGGUACUACAUAUGAUGCAUUGAGAAAAUUUGAUUUCAUAUAUUUAAUGUAAUGUACAUAAUGGGUAAACAAUAUAUUAGCUUACUAGAUGUUAUUAACUUGAUUUUAAUCAGUUUUGAGAAAUUGUUGAUUAUUUCGGGUAACAAAUAAAUUUGUCGUUUAAUAAAUAUUUUUAUUUAGAUUUAACACGUAAAAUUAUAGCUUGCAAAUGUUAUUUUGAACUACAAGAAUUGAAUUGCAGGUGGAAUAUGUACUGAUAUAAUGUUGUGCAUUUGAAAGAUAAAUUGGCAGAUCCUAAAAAUUCUUGCACUAAAACAAAAACAGUAAUAAUGUUUUUAAGCUUUAGAAUACCAGCAAGAUCUUUGUAAAGGAUGGGUAAAAUAGUUACAAAUUCCCCUUAUGUGGUGUUGAUCUGACAUAUUUGCCAGUUGUGCUCAUACGCCAAUUUUUGUAUCAGCCAGCCAUAUGCUGUCAAGACUUUCAGAGUUAAACCCUGAUUUAUUAUGGGAUUGUAUUCUGCCCGAUAUCUGAUAAGUUAAACUGUGAGGGAAUUAGCUGAAACUGGUGGGAAACACUCAAGAGACUGAAAAGGAAAUGUGUAAAACCAUAAACGAACAGUUCCAAAGUGUGUUUGUGAGGAAUUAAAUUUUUUGUGGACUA